UUCCAAAGUAGGUAAUCCUGCUAUCUCAUCAAACAGUGGGGAGAAUUCACCCAAACCUAAAUCCAUGGCAGCAAGCUUAGCCACCACCCCUGCAGCUGCCAAGGUGAUGCCAUCUGCAGCACCAAUUGUCAGUCAAACAGUAAGGAAGUCACUGUCAUACAAGGAAGUGGCAAUAGCUGCACCAGGAACUCUUGCCAAAGCGUUGAAUGAUGUGCAUACAAAGCAAAAGGAUGCAACUGAUCCAGCUGUAAAUCUUGAAAGUGCCAAGGCUCCCAAAGAAAGCAAUGUUCGCCCUUCUGAAGAGAAAAAUGGGGCAAUACAAGUGUCACCAAAGGAUAAUAAUUUGCAAGUAUCAAAAGCAACUGAUGAGCACAAAUCUCCCAGUUCUGAUACUGAACAAGCCAAUGGUUCGGUAGGAUCAAAUCAAGCUGAGAAGGCCUCAGAUUCAGCAGAGACAUCUACAGAGAAGAACCAAUCACCAGCAGCACUAGCGGACCUCCCAAAUGAAGAAGCAGCAACUUUGACUGAGGCAAAUGAUUCUUCCUCCAAUGAUGAUGAAAGAGGUCCAGGAGAGGAUAAUCAAGAACAGCUGUCUAGUGGGGCCGAAAAUGAGAAAUCUUCACCAUCUGGAAGUGAAAAGAAUGAUUCACCAGUAGAAGGUGCGAAAGAGACAGCCAGUAAACUUAAUGCUGCCGCUGCUCCAUUCAGUCCAGCCACCGUGCCAGCUUUUGGUUCAAUGGUCGUACCAGGUUUCAGAGAACACGCGGGACUAUUGCCAUCGCCAGCCAAUGUGCCCCCAAUGCUGGCCAUCCCUCUCCGUAAGCACCCUCACCAGUCUGCAACUGCAAGGGUCCCUUGUGGUCCACGUCUAGCCGGAGGGUUCAACAGAUCAGGGCACCGAGUGCCUCGUAACAAGCCUGUGUUGCCGAGUGGUGAAGUUCUUCCAGAGGCAGCCACAUCCCCUAAAGUGAUGAAUCCUCAUGCAGCGGAGUUUGUGCCGGGUCAAUCUCGUAGUCCUGAUGGCCAUCCAUCAUCUCCUAAUGAACCUCUGGCAUCGCCAGCUGGUAUUCAAGCAUCACAGGAUGGGCUUCCAUCAUCUCCAGAUAGUACUGUCGAGUCACCCAAGACUGCUUCCCCACAAGUGUCUGAAACUAGUGAGACUAGUCCUGAAGGAAAUGAUACAUCUAGUGGAAUUGAUGUUGAAGCUGAGGCUGAGAGCAAGAACACAGAGGAGAAGAACAACCAUGUGGAAUGUGAGGACAGUGAAGUGAAGCCUGAUGAAACUAUAGUUUCUGGAGGUGCUGAAGUUGAUGCAACAGCCCCAAUAGAUGCUCAAUAUGAUGCUUCAGCCCCAAAAUAUGCUCCAGAUGAUUCAAGCGUGACUGAAAAGCCGAAGUCCUGGGCUGAUUACAGUGAUGGAGAAGUCGAGGCCGUUCAGGUUGCGAGCUGAGAAAAGGUGGUCUUCUCAGCCUCUCAGGAGGAGAUGCUGGUUUUCUCGUUAGAGAAUUAGUUGCUUUCUGAUCUAUUUCAUGGUUUCUAGUACCUAUUUGUUUCUGCCGCCCUGCACGGCUGCACCGGUGCUAUGGUAUUGCAAGGGUUCGCAUUGCCAUGGAACUUUAAAGGUCUUCCGAAUGUCCCAACUGCCAUCAUGGUGACCUUGUUUCAGCUUGCUUUGUCAUUGCAAAGGAGCUUGGGAAGAUCAGAGAGGUGGU